CAACAUUGGUAGCCCAGUUUGGGAGACAAGGGUAAAAUGGGAAGAAACAGACAAAAUUAUGAGAGAUGAGAGAACAAGCACACAUUCAUUUCAUGCAUCAUCAUCACUCACAUAUCAUCCAAUCCAAUCCAAUAUUCCCAAAAUGCUCAAUGCUCUUUCUUCUUCGUUCUCAAUUGUUCCCUUUCAUGUCAAUUAUUCACUCUUUACUCAAACUCAGUUAUUAGUUCCCACUAAUCUUAAUUACCCUUUUCUUAAUACAGCUACCAGAAAGUUCAGGACUUUUCAGCUCAAGGCUGGAUUUUGGGAGUCAAUUAAAUCUGGGUUGACGAAGAAUAACACCGCCACGCAGGUUAUCGAUCCAGAGUUAACAGAUGAAGAAGACGAAGAACCUCUACCUCAAGAGUUUGUGCUUGUUGAAAAGACUGAACCGGAUGGAACAAUUGAACAGAUAAUGUUCUCUUCGGGUGGAGAUAUUGAUGUUUAUGAUCUUCAAGCCCUAUGUGACAAGGUAGGGUGGCCUCGUAGGCCGUUAUCAAAAUUAGCUGCUGCUUUGAAAAAUAGCUAUAUGGUGGCCUGUCUCUAUUCCAUAAGAAAGUCACCAGGGUCAGAGGGGAAUGAACAAAAGAUAUUAAUUGGCAUGGCUCGUGCUACGUCAGACCAUGCCUUCAAUGCCACAAUUUGGGAUGUCCUAGUUGAUCCCGGCUACCAGGGCCAAGGUCUUGGCAAAGCUCUCGUAGAGAAACUGAUUCGAGCACUUUUGCAAAGGGACAUCGGUAAUAUAACAUUGUUUGCAGAUAGUAAAGUUGUGGAAUUUUAUCGCAAUUUAGGUUUCGAAGCUGACCCAGAGGGCAUAAAAGGCAUGUUUUGGUACCCAACUAACUAAUUUAAAAGGAAGUUACCUUUAUGCUAUUGUUACAUAGUUUAACAUUGCUACCUGAAGUAUACAACAAUGCCAUGUUUGUAAUAUGAAAGUAUGAAGAUUGGAUAUCAAUCCUGUAAUUAUUCUGUAAGGAAGUGGUAGCAGGAUAUAAAAUAGCCAUCUUUGAUGAAUUGUUGUAUCA